AUGGCGGACAAGUCGACUUUCAUGAGCGCUGCCGGAAACAGCUUCGGCUAUAUGGGAUCAAACGUAUCAUCUUCUGGAUAUGCCCAUGAACAGUAUGCUUCCGGAGGUAGUGGUAGAGGAGCCAACAACAACCAAAACCAAGGAUCGGGAGGAAAUACCAAUCCAGGACAAAUAGUCUUCAUCAAUUGUGCUACCUUGGACCAUAGGAAUAUAGACAACAACGUCAAGAAGAGCCAGCAGCCAGCCAAAAUGCAACUGUUUUCGGUUUUUAUACCAUAA